AUGACAAAUCAUGACUUUACGUUUAAAAUUUUCUUUUACUAUACUGUCUCCCACGCGUAUUGCGAGCUUAGUGCUAAUCACACGUGCAUUGUGGUCAAGGAGGCGGCAGACUUCACAAAAAAUAUUUUGAAAAAAUUUCGCGAGAUCUCUACAAUUUCCCUUCUUUUCUCUUCUAGAGAGAAGAGAUCCGCUUUUUACGGCGCCUUUUGUGGGCGGUGA